AACUUAUCGCUGAUACGUAUACAUUCGCGUAAUAAUACCUCGCGAAGAAAUCCUCGAUGCAUAUGAGGUCAGUGCACAACCAGUCUCUGCGAGCACACCAUGUGCUUCCUCUUUCUCAUUUAUCUUCUCUUAUCGACCUACGUCGCGGAUGUUUUUACGGAGGACGCCGACUGUCAGAUUUACAACCACCUGUAUGUCUGUUUCGAGAACGGUGAUUUUCUUCACAGCGUCGCUUUCGAGGACGUCAACGCUGUUCAGACGAUCGAGGAUAUUGAGUUGCAUCUGGAGAACCUCGGGAUCGUUAACAUCACUGAAAACGCCUUCGCCGAGGUCAGCAACUCGUCUGCUCUCUAUGUCCGCGACAAUCGAUUAUCGAAUAUUGGCCGGUAUUAUUUCGGCAUUCUCGACCAACUUACUUACUUGGACCUGAGAAACAAUACGAUCAUUAACGUGGAAGAGGGUGCUUUUGCGAGUUUAAGCAAUCUGGAGACUCUACUAUUGGAUCAUAACAACAUCUCGGAUUUGCGACCCGGUAUGUGGAAGGGUCUUUCAGAGUUGCAUGAGCUCUAUAUCACCAACAAUCAACUCACAUUGAAGAGGAACAUGUUCAGAGGACUCAGACAACUGGAAACUCUCGUCUUGGACUCGAACGAUAUACCAGAGAUACCAAUCGGCACAUUCAACGGACUGUCGCAUAUAGACCUUCUCUAUCUGUCGCACAACAAGAUCUCAAUCUUGCACCCCGACGUGUUCCGCGGUCUCAGCGAGAUAAACGAACUCGACUUGGGCAGAAAUCGGCUGAGAACGAUUCCCGCCAAUGUAUUUCGGCACAUGAAGUCGCUGAACUCGCUCUGGCUGAACGGCAAUCAGUUAACAGUGUUGAAGUCUGACACCUUCCAAGGCUUGGAUAAUUUACUGUUCCUGUUUUUGAACAACAACGACCUCCGUUACGUGGACAUGGCGGCAUUUGCGAAAAUGAAAAAUAUAACUGUAGAUCCCGGCUUUAGAAUACACGGCUCGUUAGUGGAUGAUUUUGGAAAAGUACACGGCCAAUAUCAGUGCAGUAGCGUGGCGUAUCAGCUACCAUAUAAUUGUACAGAGAUUGAUUCAUAUACUAGAGGAAUUGAUUCGUAUAUCAGCUAGAAUUCAAGUUUUUAGAAGUUACGGUCAAGACAAUCCUCCUCAUCCUUGCUAUUGGAAGACUUCUCUGGAUUAUGGAUGGUAUGCACCGACGAUUCAUACAGUGCCGACGUCUUAUUAUCCCCGAAACAAUUCUUUCAGUGCCGAGCUUAAUCGUGCAGGAAUGUACAGGAAUUGUUCUCUCAAUACAGAACUCGAUAAGCAGCUGUUCUAAAUUUUGUUAUUUUGUAAUUUGAUAUACUUUUAAUAUAAUCAUUAUUAUUAUG